CGGGAAAGGCACAAAAAGACGAACGUGACCGACAAUUGCAACUUUGAGGGCUUUUUGGGCCAUUUCUGGAGUUCAUCAACAAAAAUGCUCAGGUCCUACAACUUUAGGGACUAGACGAUUCACUCGGUCCAAAACCCAAAAGCAGGAACCUCGAACUCGACCGAGAUUCUCCGUUGGCAACAACAAUGGAGGAAACAACAUCAACGUCAACAGAGUCAAAGGACCAUGUUUGGUGCAGAGAGACAGUGCCGAAGGUUUUCAAGCUUGUUUGUUCCACUUUACCUCUCGCUCACACAGACCUCGUUUCUCUCCUCCUCGUUAGUCCCUCGCUUCAUCGCACCCUUGUCUCUUGUCAACCCCUUUGGCAGUCACUGAUUUUCCGCGAGGUAAAUAAUGCCGGGAAUCGCCUUCUAGCUGCUCUUUCUCUGCCUAGAUAUCGCUAUGUAAAGCAGAUUGACCUCGAAUUUGCGCGACAUGUUGAAGACACACAUCUCAUUCUUAUUAAGGAUAAGUGUUUUGAUUCUCUUCAAAGCUUGGAGUCUUUAAAUCUCAAUGGCUGCCAAAAAAUAUCGGAUACAGGAAUUGAAGCAAUAACCAGUUGUUGCCCUCAGCUGAAAACCUUUUCCAUCUACUGGAAUGUGAGGGUAACAGAUACCAGCCUACUACAUACAGUGAGGAACUGCAAACACAUAGUUGAUUUAAAUAUAAGUGGCUGUAAGCAAAUUACAGAUCAAGGUAUACAAUUUGUUGCUGAGAAUUACCCAGAACUAGAGUCACUAAACUUGACAAGGUGCAUCAAGGUAACUGAUGACGGGUUGAAGCCCUUAUUGCACCAAUGCCUAUCGCUUCAGAGUCUGAAUCUCUAUGCACUGUCUAGUUUCACAGAUGCAGCUUACAGGGAAAUUUCCCUUCUGACACGUCUCAAGUUUUUGGAUCUCUGUGGUGCCCAGAAUCUUUCAGAUCAAGGACUUCAUUGUAUUUCUAAAUGCAAGGACCUUGUCUCUCUCAAUUUGACCUGGUGUGUGCGUGUGACUGAUGAGGGGGUUAUAGCUGUAGCACAGGGUUGCACCUCUCUUGAAUUUCUAAGCUUGUUCGGAAUAGUUGGUGUGACUGAUAAAUGUCUGGAGGCACUCUCAAAGUCCUGUUCGGACAAAAUUACGACCCUUGAUGUGAACGGAUGUAUUGGCAUCAAGAAACGAAGCCGUGAAGAGUUGCUUCAGCUGUUUCCAUAUUUGAAAUGCUUUAAAGUGCAUAGCUAAUGAAAGCAGUCUUUUUAAUAAUAAGGCAUUUGACAUGUAAAAUUUGCAGAUCUAAUCUCAACUCAAGUAAUUGUGUUUAGCUUUUCUCCCCCCUUCUCCCCCUGUUUUUUUAGUUAGUUAUCAAUGUUUUGUGAAACUGUUAAACAAAUUUGUGUUUCUGUGCAUUAGAAACCCUUCUAACUAAGUGAUUUUAUUGAUCUAAGUAAUUAUAUAAUUGAGUUCAACUAGAA